CCAAAAUCCUCAAACUCAACUCUUGCAAUCUCUCUCUCUACGUCCAAAAUAAUCUCUCUCGGACAAAACCGUGAGCCGCCGAAUAGCAGGACCAGGAUCAGAAUCCGAGCGGGGGAAGAAUCCAGCCAAACCGAUGAAACUUCGAGAUAUGAAGAAAACAGGUGUUAACCCGACUCAACUCAAAAAAGAAAAGGUUGUUGAAGAGGCUAUGGCUCAACUCGAACUUAACAAGAAUACUACUACUCCAAAUUCACAACCCCAUGUAAAGUUUGCUAGGCCUUUCAAAUUCACAGUCCCUUCUGAAGUUUGCGGAGUGGUUGGCCACUAUAAUGAUAGAUGCCCCUACAUCAAAGUAGGCCUCCCAGACAACGUAACUGAGGCUCCCAAGGGCUAUGAAAUAGUUACCUUUCGUGGAGGGAAGCGUGCUGUUAGGAUCAUGUUUUGUGGUUGUUGUAAAAUGCUCCGUGACCACAAGAUCAAGGACUGCCCGAAUAAGAGCGAGACUGCAAUAAUGAACUCUAUUCUGAAGGCCGCUCGCCCUCCUGCAGGUCUGCUGACCACAGGAUGCUGCCGCUGUUGGAGGGGGCUCUGGACGUUUCCAGGUUUCAGAAUUGUCCGGCCUUGUCAAAUGGGUGUUCGGAGAAUUCCGGUGGGCCUGCUUUGUCUCAGGGCUCUGGGAUUUCCGAGGCGGUGGACUCGAAUUCACAUUCGGGCAAUUCUGUUUCUUCCAAUGCGAUUUGUAAUUCGGAUGAUGAGAAGAUUAAGGUGGAGGACGAAAUGGCGAAAAACUACAUUGUGAAAAGGAAGAAAGAGAGCAAUGAAGGCAACAUGGAGUCGUGAAGUGCCAAGUAUCGGGGGGUCGGAGAACAACAACAACAACAACAAUGCCGCUUCUGUGAAUGUGAGUGCGAGUGCGAAUGACGAGCAAGAUAAGAGGAAGGCGAGAUUGAUACGGAACAGAGAAAGUGCUCAGCUUUCUAGGCAAAGGAAACAGCAUUAUGUGGAGGAGCUUGAGGACAAGGUGAGGGCUAUCUAUGCAUUCAACUAUUGCUAAUUUUAACAAUAGGAUUUCUUAUGUUAUGGCCGAGAAUGCUACUUUAAAGCAGCAAUUGAGCAGUCCGCCACCGCCAUCACAUUUAGGGAUGCAGCCGCAUCAACGAACAUAAAUUAACAAAGGAUACGUGAGAAGUAAGAUAAGAUAUGUGGAUAACAUACCCUAAUAUUUUAUCCUUUUUUCACGUGAGUUCCCCAAUCAGUCUCCAUUUCCAAUUUACUAUUUCCCUUUGAGGAGAUGGAGAAAUUUUCAAUCUCGAGUGAUACAUUACGUGUUAUUAUAUAAAUAA